AUGCGUUUUUCAGUCCUCGCUCUCGUCGCCACUGCUAGCUCAGCAGCGGCGUUUCCCUCUCUGAGGUCGCUCCUCGCGCCGCGCGCCGACUGCCUGACGGAUGCGGAUGCCAAGGAGCUCGUCGAGGCCUACACGAGGCUCAUCGCCAACUACCAGGACGCCGACUGCAUCAAGUACUGCGCCGAGGAGUUCGUCGACAGGUCUGACAGCAUCAACACCUUCAUAUUUAAGCCGCUCGGCGAUCCCACGUUCGCGACCAAGAAGAUUUUCAUGGAGGCGCAGGCUUCCAACCCGCCGUUCCCCCUCGUCGUCGACAGCGUCGAUUCCGUCUCGUGCUCGGUAAUCGGCCUGCGCUGGCACGCAACAUUCGGUGCUGCCAAUCUGCCUAGCAGAGGCAUCACCCUCAUUGGCGCAACCAAGGAGACGGGCGCCUGGCAAAUCAAGAGCCUGGAUGUCGAGUUCAACAGUCUGAUCUGGCUGCUUAAUAUGGGCGGCAACUACACUUGGGAAGGCUAA